GUGUUUACCUGUUUCACUUCACAGUGCCAUAACGGGGUUUUCUACACGAAAACCGGUUUUGUAUUUAUUCUAUUAAAAUGUACAUUGGAUACGGUAUAUUUCACGAUUAGAGUACCUGUAUAUGUGUGGUACCUGUAGGAAAAGGUAGACGGCCGUUCAUACACAACCGUAGCACUUUCUACCACUAUUGGACUAGCGAGUUUUAUAUUUGACCACAGGUGGGAAUUAUAAUUACGUGGACGCACUGUUGAGCGGCUUAUUGUUGGUCAACGAUCGUUGUGUCCAGUUAAAGCUGACCUGUCCGUCGUCUUACAGCGUCGAGUUUGUUUAUGGUAACUAGGGCCACAAACACGUAAGCAAUGAUGUGGUGCCUGACAGAUCAGUGAAAGCGUAUGGCUGACAUUUAAAGUCAGUGAAUUCAAAUGGAAACCUAGCGUUGUUGUAUGUGUGGUGAUUUUUCGCCUGGAUUUCUAUGUGGAAAUAUUUCAGUGUUGACUACGGAUAACUGUGCUUAGCAGUGAUUUAUUGAUUUAUUACGAGUUUUAAACACCUUGAAAUGAGAGGGGCUCCGAGUGAUGUCACCGGAGGAGAAUUGGAGUUUUCAGAGAGUGAGAGAUUGUAUGGCAGAGGUCCCGGAUACAGCCGGAUAGAGAGAUCAUCGGAGACCGAACGAAGACAAAGUGGGAAUGUAGAAAGUUUCGGCACCGUUAACUUGGACAGACUCCGAACGGACGGUUUGAGGGGACGACAAAGAACCCAUCAGGGAACAAAUAUGGCUUAUAGAGAUACCAGGAGAGUUGAUUCCUACAAGUCAGGUAGGGUAGUGACAGUUCCCGAACGGAGGAUUGUGAGCCAUACUACAUCACAGGGGAGACUCGUGAACCGGAGUCCGAACAGACGUCUAGUGGUAGAUAGAAAUGUCACUCGUAGUUCGGACAGACAGUACGUGAAUGCCUCCCCGGAACGACGUCACGUGUCGCCGUCACCGGAGAGACGUCAUGUUUCCCCGUCCCCGGAGCGAUAUUACGUCCGAGAGACGGUGGACACGAAGCCACAGGUCGAGAAGGUUGAUAAGGAGGUAGAGACAUGCUGCUGUGGAUGUGUGGAAGUCGUGGACAGUCUUUACUGCUGUGCUGGUUUAAAAAUGUUCCGAUGCACGUGUCUAGAUUCUGAGGAUGAGGAGGGUGAGGAACAUCGGGAGGUUGUUAAACAAACGAAACAGCCAAAGGUAGAUAAACAGUAUUUAUUUUAUCGGACACAAGACCGAAUAUCGGAUUAUUCCGAUUCUUAUACUGAUGAAACAGAGUCGGAUACAUAUGACGAAAUCGAUACCAAACGUUUGAUUCCUCGUCCGCGCUCAGCUACAUACGAAAAGCGUGUGGUGUCACGCGAUUUUGGACAGAGUACACGUGGGUAUGCAAAUGUAGCACGUUCCUCAAGACUCAUGUCAAGACCUCGGUCUGCAGAGCAUGAGCGGUACGUCAGGAAAGUGCAACCGGUACAGACUCUGCAUCGCGAACAGUUGGCCCCGACACUUCCUCCUCGUCCACCAGUUUACGAACGGGCCACUCACGUGUCCAGCAAACCUCCCAUGAUUCCCCCUCCUACGUCAAAACCAGCGCAACGUCAUGUCGGUGUGCAGAUGACCACGAAAUAUCUCAUCGAGCAGCCGAAAAAGAAACUUGUUAGGAACAUGGGAUGCCAAACAGUGCACAUCCCUUCUCCUCCCUCUACGCCGUCCACAUCUACGUACACCUCCCCUAGCCCAAGUCCUGUUCCUACCAAAGACCCAUCCCCCAUAUCCAGCCCAGACCCCACCCCCAUACCAAGUCCAAGGGUUGUCUCUCCGCCCCCUAGCAUCCGCGAGCUGACUCCAUCACCGGAAGUUGAACCUCUAUCGCCAUACGAACCAGCUCCAAUUCGGUACAAAACGGCAAUCAUUAAUAUAGAGGAACCGGAAAUAGAACCACAGGAGGAGGUAUUAGUGUUUGCUAAACCACCACCUAGGAUUGAGAUACCGGCACCACAACCGUUGCCACCACCACCGGUAAUGUAUAGUAUUGCUAGACCGGAACUCUACAAAAACCCGGAUGCUAAUUCACCUUCUGAUCCUCUGUACUUUUCUGUUAGUGUUAACCCAUUUCCGGUCAAAAACGCUCCAUCUCCAGUAAUUUCUCUUGUUAACAAACCGAACCCAGAUCUGGGACCGAUAUUUCAUAACUCUGCUGAUCCUGUUUACACUAUACCUCCUUCUAAAUCUGACCAUCCCAAACGUUCACCUCGUUUUAACACAACGGAACCGGAAACAGAUACUUUGACUGGUCCUGAUUAUUAUCAAAUUUCAACUAACUAUCCCCACACAAAAGGUGAACAUUUGAAAAAAACAGAACAAAAACUAGAUCCAUAUGCGGAUAAUGGUAAAUAUACUCGUCCCAACAAAUCUGGUAAGUCCAAGGGGUCUCCAAGGCCAAAAAAGAAUCGGAACAAACCGGAAUCAAAUACGGAACCGGAAGUUGAAAAUGUGGUGGAUCCUGUUUACUAUUCUGUUCCUACUACUAAACCUCUUCAUUCUAAAGGCGAAUCUCCACCGCCUGUUGUCUAUAGAAUAAUAAAACCGGAACACCACUCGGAACUGGAACCGGAAGUUAACAAUGUAGUGGAAACCUCUCACGAUCCUAUUCCUGUUAAAUCACAUCCUGAAAAGCCUGCUCACAAGAAGAAAAAAGAGGAAGCGUUGUUGCGGGUCUUCACUAAAUCCGCCACCGCACUGUUUAACAUAAACCCGGUGCCGAAGGGGAAGUCGAUGAUGGUGCGCGUGGGAGGAGGCUGGAUGAAGGUGGAGCAUCAUCGCAACCAUCACAUUCCACUGAAAGUCUACGAGCACCAACGUGACACAAACCGUGACAAAUUCCUCUUCAUAAAGUCGCGCUUCGCAACCAAAAAGAAGUACGUACCCAUCGCGUACCGGAAGUACAGGGAGGAAAUUGUCCGGGAUCCUUGGGACCCGUCUGUUCAAUUAACAUAAAUCAAAGUUGGACAGAACACCGACGAAGAACAUUACACGAAGUAAACUGUUUUUCGGACCCGUCUGGCGGAACCGGCCGGAACUACACUGAAAAGACAAUUUGGCAUAUAUUACGUCUUACGUGUAUCUAUUACCGGAACCGGAUGUACAUGAAGGAGUCAAACUAGGUGGAAGUGUUAGAGUGAAAGUAGUUCUACAAGAAAUCACUUUACACAGACUGAGCAAAGUAGAUCAAAGUGUUAGACCGCAAACUGGUACAGCACCAAAAACGACAAAUGUUGCGUGACUUUUUACAAUAUAUGAAACUGUACAAAGUCUGGUCAGAAACGGUGUAGUGGUUGACUCGUCCGAUCGGGUUACCUCUAACAGAUCAAGCUACCGACUCAAAGAACACGAAACGAUCCAGAUUUUAAGUGCAAGACUAUUAUUAUAAUUACUUUUUAGUUUUUAAUUUGAAUGCGUAUAGUAUGAAGUAUGAUUAGGAUAUCAUAUUUUAGCGUUUACACAAACCAGUCUGGGACAAUCCGAAUGUGUCUGUGGGCUCCAAACGUGAAAACACAUUGACGUUUAAAGAAAAGAAAGAAAGAAAACCCUCGGAUUAUCAGGUUUCCUUGAACCCAUGGAACCCUUUAUAAGUUUGACACUGGUAAACAUGUGGUAUUUUACUCAUUUAGGACUGACUUACAAGUAGAGAUUAAAACAAAUUGUAACCUAUUUCAUAUUUCCACCCUGAUUCAUUAUCUGUGAUUCUGAACAUUCUCAAUUAAUAUAUCCGACGCAACUUAUAUGUAGAUUUAGUGGCAGCAGAAAUCAGACUCAGAGUCUAGUCAGAAAUGGUGUAGUGGUUGACUCGUCCGAUCGGAUUACCUCUAACAGACCAAGCUACCGACUCAAAGAACACGAAACGAUCCAGAUUUUAAGUGCAAGACUAUUAUUAUAAUUACUUUUUAGUUUUUAAUUUGAAUGCGUCUAGUAUGAAGUAUGAUUAGGAUAUCAUAUUUUAGCGUUUACACAAACCAGUCUGGGACAAUCCGAAUGUUGACGUUUAAAGAAAAGAAAGAAAGAAAACCCUCGGAUUAUCAGGUUUCCUUGAACCCAUGGAACCCUUUAUAAGUUUGACACUGGUAAACAUGUGGUAUUUUACUCAUUUAGGACUGACUUACAAGUAGAGAUUAAAACAAAUUGUAACCUAUUUCAUAUUUCCACCCUGAUUCAUUAUCUGUGAUUCUGAACAUUCUCAAUUAAUAUAUCCGACGCAACUUACAUGUAGAUUUAGUGGCAGCAGAAAUCAGACUCAUAUCCAUCAGUAUUAGACUUAACAGUA